AUGGAUGACCAAGAGAUGCAGCUAAAAGUGAGACGAGUUACUGACAAAUUUACAGAAAGCAUGUACGUCUUGGCAAACGAGCCUUCAGUGGCUCUGUACAGACUGCAGGAGCACGUCCGAAGGUCACUCCCAGAACUGGUGCAACACAAGACUGACAUGCAGAGUUGGGAAGAACAAAGUCAAGGUGCCAUCUACACAGUGGAAUAUGCAUGCAGUGCUGUUAAGAGUAUGACCAACAGCAGCCUGUAUUUCAAGAAUAUUGAUGGUUUGCUUCGUCAGACCAUCAGCCUAAAGGAGCGCAUCAACAACUCUCAAGGCCGCAGUCCCCAUGUCUCAUCUCCACCUCAUGUCCGGUCCACUUCCUCAUGA